AUGAACGUCUUCUACGAACUUGGUGACGACCUGUUGACGAAUGAUCGAGAGCGUACGUUUGCUGACCUUCACUUCUUUAGGGUAGGGUGAUACCAUAUUAACAACACAAGUACUAGCCAAAAGCUCAUACACGCGUGUUUCGCCGAUGUUUUGCCGCUGCCUGGAGCAGCUGCGAGGGGUUUGGCUCGUCAGUGGGUCCCCCAGCAUUCCACUUUAGAAAUUGACACAAGCGCUCUCCCUGCCGUGGACAACGCCAACCCCAAGUGAUGACGAAGAUACUAACGACGGCCGAGGCAAUGGCAUUACGGCUAGCGAAUCCGGUGUUAUGCUGUCAGAAAACCCUGGCACAAGCGCUCUCUCUGUCGUGGCCAACGCCAACCUCUCGUGAUGACCACAUGCCGCCUCAAAUCCCUGAUUACAGUGGUGGGUACUCCGUGUACUCAAUCCAAGAACAUCACUCAAAGACUCGCUUACCCCGCUCCCCCAGCACUAAGGACCAACUACCGCCGACCUUGUCAUGCGGGCGGCGUUGGGAUGAUGAGUGUUAAUGACUUAAUAGCCCUUGACACACCUAUAAACACUGUUAAUUUAGAAAUUCUCAGUCUGUGCCUAUAGACCUUGAAUAAACUGACCUACUCCAACUUCGUAGAUAAUUUCUGAGGAAAUUAAAAAGCAACAAUUUGUAAAUUGGAGCGUCUACGAGAAAACACACGGGGAAUACUGGGGGACCCACUGACGAGCCAAACCGCUUGCAGCUGUGCCAUGCAGCGGCAGAAUAACGACAAAACACGCGUGUAUGGGCUUUUGGCUAGUACCUAUGCCGUUAGUAUGGUAUCCCCUUACCCUAAGGUAUACUACUAGCUGCCCGUCGGCAGUUAAUGAAUAUCACGCGGUUACCCGCUGUGGCUGAUGGACUUUGACCCAAAUAUUCAUGUAUAAAGUUCUCGGUUUGUGUCUAUAGACCUUGAGUAAACUGAUCCACUCCAACUUCGUAGAUAAUUUCUGAAGAAAUUAAAAAGCGACAAUUUGACUUCCUUAUUUUUAAACAUAGUGUUUGCGUUGUUUUUUUUUAGUUAGAUGCUUAUUUGAGGUUUUUACAUCAGAAUGUGAUGAUGCCACACGGCAUCUUGUUUUGUCAGAUCGGACCGUUGGAGCACUAUGAUGCUUCGCUAAACACCAGUAAGUAAGGAUGAGAGAGUAAGCAGAUGGAUCCCAAAACCUAUAACUUAGUCGGUAAACUGCCAAUUCAAUUUCUUCAUUGCCCUACACCACUGGCUGAAUGCAUACAAACAGAAGUCUAAUCGACUCACUGGACUUGGGACAAAUGUGCACAGCAAAACAUUUCACAUACAUGUCUCUACAACGAAUGUCAUUGUGCUUAAGUUUUCGCUUAUUACCACCUCCCCGCCAUUGUUCAUCUCUGAAAAAGGAUUGACUUUGAAGGGGAGGAGAGGGGUUCCAUUACCUGAUUCAAUUCAAUAAAUAUGCCUAAAUUAAAGAAAAAUUGCUAGUUACCCGAAAACCAGUCCAAAAGCAUUAACCGGAAUAGCAAACCAAAAACGAACAAGCUCCAGUUCAAAGAAAAGGCAAGAAAAAAUUUUAAAACACAUAACGGAACGAGUGAGUUCCGUGAGAAAGAUCGGUGGGCGCCCCCUAACAUUGUAUAUUCCCGAUUAAAAACUGACAGGGCGACGGGUUCGGGCCCAGUGGUUAGAGGCGCGGACUUCUAACUAACAGGUCGCGAGUUCGAGCCUCGGGUGUUCCACACUUUGGGGUUGGGUAUGACUGGCUGACGACGGCUAAUAAGCCAGUCUCCCUUGCCUUUGUCGGUAAUCCCAUACUGCCUAUAUCAUGCGCCGAUGUGCGGCUGCUGGUUGGGCUCGAGAGAGAGAGAGCCCGUAAGGCACAACGGAACGAGUGAGUUCCGUAAAAAAAGAUCGGUGAGCACCUCCUACCACUGUCUAUUUGGGCGGGAAUAACAAUUUUUCUAAAGAAAUGCUGAAAUUCCACGAUUAACGCCUGCUCGUGGAAAUAAAUAAGAAUACGAGACGGGGCCAGCAGAGUAAUGUUUAAAAAUGUCAUUUGCAUAUUUUUGCUGCAAAGGUCCUCUGAUAAUUGGUGUUGUGUGAAGUUUGUCUCAAAGUAAAGUGCGUAGGCCUUAAUCUCACGUGUUGCAAAGCUUCUUGCGAUAAUUCGAUGUAUUUUUGCCACUGUCCUUGGUGAGAUGUGGCGCAAUAGGACAAGGAGGGUUUUGCUUGGUUUUGCUGAUACGAAUGUCACAGAAAUGAAAGUUUCCAUUAAGUCACGUGUUGGAAGGCCAGUUAGCAACGGAUAAAGUUAAAUAGAAUUAGCAGAUCCAAUCGCAAGCGUGCUAUUCUCUGUGCCAAAAGAACUUUUUUUCAAUAAAAUUACUGCGCAGUUUUUGGUGACGGCAGAUCCAAUUUUGAGUUAUUGCUUUGCAGUCCGCAGUGUUUUUCAUCGAUCGUCCAAAAAGUAGAUUCUGUAGUUUGUCUAUCGAAACCUUCCAAAUAAAACAUUAAUUGAAUAAAAGGUCAAUUUGGCAAGCAUGCGUUUUCGGUAGCUCGUCACCAGGCCAAAUAGAAGUUGAAAGUAUGCGAAUUUACAGGGUUUAUAAGUGAUUCAGGGGCUAUUAACACUCAUCGUUCCCAUGCCACCCGCAUGGCGAGGCGUGUUAUGGCGUGGUCGGCGUGUUAUUGAAUGCGUUUACCGGAGUAGGGCCUUCUUGGGCGUUCUCCUUCAUACAAAUAUCCGCCUGGGUUUCACGAAACCUGAAACCCCAUUUUAGACGUAAAGGGAACGUCUGCCACGGAAGUAUGACUUACAUAUACUCCUGAUCAAUGGAAACCCUCAUAAGUUACCUCUUUGAAAGCGUUUUUAUAGGAUAUUUUGCUGAUGAAAGCGUACAUAACAUGACUUUUUCAAGACAUAGUUAUGGAUAAGAUUAAUUCAGGUGUAGUCAUGCAGCCCCACCCGAAGUAAACAAUCCCCAGCCACCAGUAAUACGGGAUCGGUGGUAAAAAGGCUUUUACAGGUGGGGCUGAGGAAAGCACAGACGACGAGGUCAAAUAGUUGUAUUCAAAAGAAAGGCUAUUGGGAAUGCGCGGUUGAACUUUGAGUGGUUGAGAACUAGUUGCCCUAACCCCAUCCCCAGCAGUAUUGUGUCCAUCAGGUGGUGCUUCAUAACCACAUCUUACCUAAAAUUAGACCAUUUGGUGCCCUUUUCCAUCUUCUUAGAAAUCGCCAGUAAUCUUUUGCCUUAGACGAAAUGACUCUUAUUUACCUUCAAACCGUGGCUAUUAGCAUAAUAUUUGCUUACCUCUAGACGUCUUUCCCGACUAUAACUGUCCUAAUGACUGGCCAUGUAAGUUUUAUAAAUAUCACUGAAAUCGCUAAUGCUCUGUUAGUUUUCUUUCUAAGGUAUGAAUCAGUAGACAGCAGAGGGCUCAAGCAGUACCUCAUCACAUGUUCAAAAAUAAGAUGUCUGCUUGAUAAUGGUAUCUGUACGAUUUCAUGCUGAAUCUUCGUGAAUUUCGGGAAAAUAUGGGAGCGUUAGAACAAGGGAUUGUCUGUAGGCGUUAGUACCGCUUUUGCGGCAUGAAAUCGCGCAGAUUAUUCAGUUUUAAAAUCGAAAAAGCGUCAAUUUUUCUAAAAAUAAUAGGCUUGUUUACAUCCUUCUCCAUCUGAUUCCUACGCAACAAAGACUCGAUUUCCAUGUGGGCGGCAUUUGUCUUGGUAAAAGUUUAAAAUUUAGUUUGAUACUCUGAAGCAGGUUGACUCUUUUUGAUACAAAAACUUGGUCUAAGACAGAUGUCUUCAGUUACGGGAAACAUCGAUAUGAGCUCUAACAUGCAAGUAUUUUGCCUGACAAAAUAUGGUCCGGAACGGACUGGACCAACAGAUACAAUGCACAAGGUUUAGGUGGCCCAAAAUGACCGACUCAAUUUCCUUCAUUACGUUCCGUGAGUUAGUUCACACAAUGCAUGCUUCAUUAUAAUUCUGAUAAGUACCAUUUCCUCCCCAAGACGUCUGGACCAGUGUUCGAGUCUCCCAAAAGAGUAUAUGGCGUUGAGCUUUUUAAUUACCUUAGAAACUACUGCGCUAACUUGGAGGAUCCUGUCCAAGCUUGAUCCGAACGUCGGUGUGGUGGCUAUCGGGUAUACAGCCUCGCCUAGUCUUUUCUUCUGUGAAAUGCCUAUUUCUUCAUGUGGGUAGACUUAAUUUACUCCCAUUCCUUUCGCUCGUUUCCCAUCACGUCUGCCUUGUGUUGCUAUUAGGGUUGGCGUUUGGCUUAGAUUUUAUGAGUUAGGGGUUAGGCUAUCAAGAUUGUCAGAUUCAAUUAGGUCAUCAUUCGCAGCCAUCACGAGAGUCAGGUUUGACGAUGAAUUCUUCGCACCUUCUCCUUCACUGUAAUUGAUCACCACGGGCUGCGAUCAAUUAACCAGGGAUAUCUAACUAACUAACUAGUGCUACAAACGAUUUGGCAGCCCCUACUGUACAUAAAAAAUGUGUCCGAGGCCACAGAACACAUUUCGACAGAGUUAGGCGUGGGCAUCACCCAUCAUCCGGCGGUCACCAUGUGUAGCAGAAUCAUGAAGAUGAAGGAUCGACCGGAAGCAGAUGAGCAAUAAAGGCGUAGUUUAUCAAAUCCCGUGCCAUAACUGUCCAUGUCAUUAUACAGGUCAAACAGGUCGGUGGCUCAGCUCACGAAUACUCAAGUACAAACGGGCCGUUCGGAGAGGCGACCCACUACCUCAAGUAGCCACGUACAGGCUGGAGGAGGGCCAUGAUUUCGACUCCGCCAACCCGCUAACGGUACCGUAAACCCUCUUAAUCCCAACCCUCUUAACCCCCAACUGUCGAGGUUUGAUUCUGCAGUCCCACCUGAGUAAUACCAUAUGGUUAGCUAUCUAAAAACAUUUUGGUAGAUAUGAAUAAGCUGACUUUACAAACAUCAUGUAUUUGAUUCUUCCUUACUAUUUUAGUCAAGCGAGUGACCGUGCCACGGGGGAGGAGUGCUUCUACACCAGCCUCGGUUACUUCAGAUGUCACUUCAGGCUCGCUUCCCUGUGCGUGUUUCGAGCUCUGCUUACGCCCUCUCUAUUAUCCUAAUCCAGCGAGUGGCAAAGUAGACUUGCUAAUGAAAUGGUUCUGACGAUGUGGAAAUCCGUCAGUUCCACUACCGUGGCCAUGCACUCCGAAUUACCACGCGGUACCCUCAGAGGCCUUCCAGUUGUGAUUACACCGUCUCCAUCCUCUACGUCCUGCGAGUGGCUGUCGGAGGGGGGGAGGGAGGAGUGUGUACACGUCAACUUCACUCGCUUUCCUGCGCAUGCUUCAAGAUCUGCUUGCACUCCCUUUCCCUUCCUAGUCUAGCGAGUGGGUAAGUUAGGUAUGUCAACAAAAAUUGUUUUAGUAGGCUAACCAUAUUGUAUCAGGCAAGUGGGCCUGCAGAACCAAACCUCGCCAAAAUUUCCUACGGGGGGAGAGGGGGGCAAGAUUCCCCUCUCCCCCCAGGAUUACUUGACCCUCUAAUGGGAGAAGUGACGAAUGCCCACGGACUACUCGUUCCUUAGAAUGGCAUUACUGACAAAGACAAGGGAGACUGGAAUGGCCAUGUCUGGAUUAUUAGCCGUCGUCAGCCAGUCAUACCCAACCCCGAAGUGUGGAACACCCGAGGCUCGAACUCGCGACCUGUUAGCUAGAAGUCUACGCCUCCAACCACUGGGUCACGAGCUUGUUGCCCUGUCGGUUUUCGAUCGGAAAUAUACAAUGGUAGGGGCGCUCACCGGUCGUCCUUACGGAGCUCAUUCUUUCCGUUGUGCCUUACGGGCUCUCUCUCUCGAGCCCAACCAGAAGCCGCACAGCGGCGCAUGAUAUAGGCAGAAUGUCUUUGUCGGUAAUGCCAUUCUGCCUAUAUCAUGUGCCGCUGGGCGGCUGCUGGGUGGGCUCGAGAGAGAGAGAGCCCGUAAGGCACAACAGAACGAGUGAGUUUCGUAAGGACGAUCGGUAAGCGCCCCCUACCAUUACUCGUUUCUUAUUGGAAGGACGUAGUGAUGUCUCAGUAUUCGAUUGCGAAGCUGCUGCGUUUUUGAGCUGCACAGCUGACCUGGAGAAGGCGCACCUCGGGGUUAAUGACUGUCAACUUCACGAAGUGAUCUGUCCUAAGUAGCUCGCGCAAGGCUGGUGUCGAAUAGAGUAAAGACGACAUCGUCUACCCAAUCGAUGCUGCCCACUGGUUUUAAUAACCCCUUAAAUACUGCCUGGCGACUCGACGUGGCUCCCUCAGCACCACGAAGAUCCGCACCUACGUCCAGUCAGUCCUCCGCUACGGUCGUGAAUUUUGGACUUUGGGCAUGGGAGAGGAGCUGCUGCCAGAGCAUCAUUCUUCAAAUGAAGUGUACCUUCUUCGUCUCAAAUAAGCACAAGGUCGCUGAAAACAUAGACCAUGUGAUAGUUAUAGAGUUUCACACCACGUCUGACCUACAGGGCACUGGGAUAUGGACUCAGAGGGUUACAGCUGGCCUUGCGAUAAAUUCCGGGGUGGGGGGGAGGUUAGGGUAUGUGUUAGAGUUAAUGUUAAAGUUAAAACCCUCUUUAUUUGGCGCCAAUACACCUGUAGCAUGGGACUCCUUAUCCCUGAGUCAAGCUCAUUGGAAUACUGGAGAGCAAAUUCGAUGCCUCAAUUGAACAAAUUUAGUCGAACUUUGGUCCUGCAGCGUCACUUGGGCGAUAUCAUACCGGUAGUUUUCUAAAAACAUUUUCGCAGACGCAAAUAUAGUAACUUUACAAAAUAUCACGUAUUCGCAUCUUUCUCACCAUUUUACUCCAGCGAGUGACUGUGCCACGGGGGGAGGAGUGCUUUAACGCCAGCCUCGGUUACUUCAAUUAUCAGUUCACAUGCCCUUCUCUCCGCAUGGUUCGAGCCCUGCUUGCACUCUCUUCAUUAUCCUAAUCCAGCCAGUUGCCAUGUAGCUUGCUAAUGGAAUUGUUCCGACGGUGUGGAACUCCGUCGGUUCCACCGCAGUGGCCAUGCACUGCGAAUUACCACGUUGUUCCCUCCGUGGCCUUCUUGUUGUGAUUGCAUCCUCUUUAUUCUCUACAUCCAGCGAGUGACUGUGUCUGAGGGGAAGGGGGAGGAGUGUGUGUACAAGCCACCUUUACUUCGAGCUCUACUUGGGCUCUCUUUUCCCUUCAAAUCUAGCAAGUGAUUAAGUUAGGUAUGUUAACCAAAACUGUUCUAGAAAGCUAACCAUAUAAUAUCAAUCAAGUGGGUCUGCAGAGCCAAACCUCGCUCCCUAACUUGACAUUAAUCUCAACCCUAACCGUCCUACAAUUGAGUGCAAGGCCAUCUGUAAUACGGUGUGAAUACUCACAGUCGUACUCCACCUGACUUUGUUUAAACAGUAUAGAGGCUUCACGUGCGACCUCUGCGGCUUCGACACUAUGCAGUGCAGGCGUCCACAUUUUUCAUUAAGUACAUCUACUUUAGAAUCCGCGGGCCAUUAAAAAGCGGAUGAAAACAUAUUCUGACGAGGGCGCUCGUACAGGACAAAUCAGACUUGGCAUUAACUAAAAUUAGCAGCCGGACACAUGUCCACGAGCUCUUGACCACUGGCCAGUACAUCGGACAGGUGCGCAAUGCGGAUAGUUUUUUCUGGGUGAACUACCCAUGCUAGUGCUUUUCAACAAACCUGGCUUUUUGACGACCUCCCAAUAGGAGACUUACCAAAACAAAGUUGGCGACGGCUUAUCGACCGCCAUCUAUUUCUGCAGUGUGCAGAUAACGACUAAGGAACGCGUAUUAAAAACAAGAGGAAAACAAGUCAAAACACACGACUUGCUAAUAGAUAAUGCAGAAAAAAACAUAUUAGAAGCGGGAGAUGGGUACGAUAUCGCGCUAAAAUAUACGUAAAUCAAAGAGCUGAGUAUUCGCUGGGCAAGCUCUGAUUAAACUCAUGGCCUAGUUGCUUGCAAAAGUCUGGCUUCCUCCGUCGUAUGAUAAGUCGUCACGAAAUGUUUGCUACUAUUAAAUCCUGCUGGUAAUGCCUGUUUUAAAUUCGCAUUGGGAACAAAAUGCUUCCAAGAUACCCUCAGCUACUACUCUACAAGACUGCCUAUGGGGGAAUGAAAAUGUUCUCAGCCUACUGUUGACGCACCUGCCUUGUAAUUUUUGUACGAACCGCCUCAUCGUCCCGAAACUGAUCCAGCCGACUAGCCGGGCUAGAAAUGACUAUCGUUCACCUGUCUGUAAUUUGCAGUGAGUCACAGAGACCUGAGCAGUUGACUGCGAGGGAUGUACUGCGCAGAGGAGAGAACGGCGCGCCAUCUCUGUCGGGAGAUGUACCGACAAGAACUUUCCAUGCCACUCCCCACGUUGCAGCAUGAAUCUCGCUCGGCGCUGCUGCUGGCGUUUCUUCGGCUGUGCCAUGCCACGUGACACAGAAGCGUGGCUAGACCAGCUACGCAUUAUAGAUGACAGAAAUGUUUCCCCUCUGUCUGCAAAUGACGACAGGAGCGGGUCAUCUCAACCCUUCACUCACCUGAAUUGCCGCGAGAUUUCGUCAGAAUACGGCGCGGACUCUAAGAGACAGAGGCCUCAGUAAGUGGGCAUAGAGGCGCUCUCGGAGUCUGAGCUAUUGCACUUCAGGGGAGACUGACAUUUGGUGGAGUGUGGUGAGAAUCAGACAUUACCUGCACAAGAACAACUGAAUGAAAGCGGCCAGGAUACUAGUCGUCUGAAAGAUGAAAAAUCGCUGAAUUUGCAAAGCCACCAACUGUUUCUCCCGUUUUUCCAAGCUAAGUUAGAUGAUGAGAAAUCAAACGAACGAACUGAUGGCUCCGGCAUCCUCCCAACCUCCUUCUGUCCCUUUCAAAUGUUAAUUCGAACCUAAUUCUUGAGGCCUUCGUUGUUACAAGCGACAAAACAGACAUAGUGUCGUUAAAAGAAUUGGGCUCACAGCCGAUGAGUAAUAAUCAAAGAACAACUGUCUAAACCUUCUUCACCCAUUGGAGGUUCAAGAACUCCUUACACACUUGCGAUCGGGUUACCAGCCAAGCUUAGGCAUUUCCAGGAGGAAAUAAGCAGACUGUUAAGUAAAGUAUUUGCAACUUAACUUCGAAAAAGAUCUUGAAAAGGUGAUGCAUGAAACAAGAGCCUUCUAUGCUGUACUAUCUGAAUUUCUAGCUGCCCACGCUUAUCUUCAAUUCGCAACACUGAAACAACUUAACUGUUGUAGAACAUUGAUAAAGGGAGAGGCAUGGCCAGGUCAGCUUCGAAUGCUUGCCUGAACUUGCUCAUUAUGAAGUCAGACUUGCCUGAAAUUCAGAGCAGUGAAAAGGCUGCCAGACAGGGGAAUAGUCACCCCCUCCCUUAGUACAACGGGUGACCUCACUCAAAAUUUCAGAGGGGUUCCUUUUCGUUGUCCUAAUUUUUACGCAAAUCCAGUGUUACGGAGAGCGGAAAAUAAGCAUGCGCUAUAGUAUCGAGCACGUGUGAUGCUUUUGCUCACGCGUGUGGCGGAUCGAAUAUUCGAUAUUUUCCCGCAAGGUGUUCUCGCGCAUGAACCGGCCAAUCAACGAUCGCCACGCGAUAGGUCCGAAAUGUCUGUAGCGCUCGUCGCGAUUUGGCACACAAUAGGUCGGAAUAUUCCAGAACUCCUAGAGGACCAAACAGAUGGGGCAAAUUUGAAUAAGAGAAGGAUCCCGUGUUAGCAGGCUUGUUUUCCUCCCUCAAGCGACAUUUCGAUUUCGUCCUAUGUCUUCUGUCCUGCGUCUUUGGGUAAUUUGGAAGAAAAGCUUAAAAGUUCCGUGGAUCAAAAGCCGUCGGACCGGAUGGUGUCUGGCCAUUUCUCCUUAGGUCCUGUCCUUCCCAGGUGCAAGAAUCAGCCUCCUUCCCUAAUAAGUCCACUAAUUUUGAUCCUACAGCCUUCCGUCUAAUUGCCUACCCCUACUCACUUCUGAAGCUGGCUGAACGAGUUACCUUAUAUGUCUCUAUGUCAGUCUUCUGUAGGUUCUCUGGGCCUUCGCAAAUAGCAUAUAAAGCCAGGCGUAGUACCUAGGACGCUGUUAUUCCCGUAGUUCACUCUGCUCUAGGGAUUGCCGUGCGUACGCAUGUGCAUUCAUUGGCCACUUCUCUGUCUUCAAUGCUGUUCCGUGUCGGCUCCCUCUUAGCAAAGCAUCUGGAUGCGGCUCUCCUGAGUGGAUUAUUUCUCGGCUAAGAGAUCAUUUUGUCCUUCGUGCUCAGCUUGUGUAGCCUAGCAGUUGGAAAUCUAUUGUUCUUCUCACUACAGUGAAUGACCGAUCUCAUGAAAUGUUGGCUGAAAUUCUGAAAUGCGUUUUCGACUAAGAAGGGUUGCUUAGGCACGGUCGUAAUACUGAUUAUCUUGCGGCAUAAUCCUAUAAUAUUUUGGACUUGGCAGGAUGUCAGCUUUUCAAUACGCUGCUUUUCAAUCUUCUGUGAAAACCGUACUUGGUAAAAAAAUGACAACUUAAGAAGCAUGCAUUUGUCCCUUUGAUUUUCCAUGUUCUUGCAAAUUCAAAUAUAUUUUAUAGAAACCCUGAACAAAAUAUGCUUUCUUUCUGUCGAUUGAUAGAGAAUCACGUCACCUUUGUAUUUCGAAACCACGCAGAUGGCCUUCCUACGGGAUCACAUAUAUGUUUUACAAACUGACAAGUAGAGCCAGCCAGUUUUGUUGGGCUUUACCUCGCAAAAACUGGGAGGUCUGAGCAGUCCCAUAAUUUCUCUGCCUUCAUUUCGUCACGCAACCUCACCCGUUUGGAGCAGUUGUUUCGUCGACGCCCCGUACUCCUUUGAGGCUAGCUUCGUCACCCUCGUUUCAGAAAUAGCGACAGUUGCUAUCGCCAUCAACUUGAGUACCCUGGACGUUGCUGAUUGGUUCGCCUGACGAGCUGCGAUUUUGAUUCCAGUCAGGUGGUCCGAAAGGGUGUAACUCUACAGCCGAGGUCUACUUAGCUACGAGUGCACAUGCCCUGUUAGUCGAUAUUUUUCAGCGCUAACUGUGUGCUGAGAACGUGGCAAGAUUUUCACGUGUUCACGCGAUUUUUCUGUGGCCUACACCGUGAAGCGAAACUGCAAGCAAUUAAAAUGGAGGCCAUUUACUCAAGAAACCAGCUACCUGGGCUUGACGUGAGAAUAUUACGUGCACAUCCCGCGCACGUGGUCCCGCCAUGCGAGUAAAAGUCCCAUUUUGAUUUAUCGGCAUAGAAGGCGCCAUCGCCAGCAUUUCAUCGGUUUGCAAAUUCACGUGCAUAAAUAUGCGGUGGUUAGGCCUCCGAGUUACUCUAAACUUACACGGACGUCGAGGGUUCGCGGGGAACUGCGCACUACGGAGGGAUAUGCUCACAUACUCGUGCCGAAGGCAAGCGCGUCUUCUUUAACAUAUUAAAUUUAUAACGACCGUCUUUCGCUUUUGAUAAAUAGGCUACUUAAUUUCUGCCUUAUUUUAAGACUAAUCUUUCCGUUGUGUUUGCGUCUAGGAUCUCUAAUAUACGCGCCGUGUCCUUCUUAAGCCGAAACUUUGUCUUUUUGCGUCACUAUGAAGAGGUUCUCUGAUUCUCAUAGAACCUCGGAUUUUGUAUGAUACAAACAACAAUAGGAGACGUUCAUACCAUAAGUAACCGACCUCAUGAAACGCUAACAAAAAUGCCGCAAUGUGUUUUUGAUGAGAGAGGCUGCGUUGAUGGGGCUGCGAUACUAAUUAUCGUGCGGAACAAUCAAGAGUCCUUUCAGCGACAUCAGGCCCAUAAAAUUUAGCAGUAGACACUUCAUAAGGAUCAUCUAUAAAUAGACAGACACAACGCCAUAUGAACAGACUUUCCAGACUUUUAUUAACUUCCCAAGUACAAACUUUUCAAAUAUUGCAAGCUAGUCUUUCCUUGGGCAGAACAUUUGAGGGAGACGUAAGUUAAUGGAGAAUGAGCAUGGGAAACCGUGUUCCUGCAUAUCUUUUAUUAAAUAUACUUGAAAUUGAAUGCAAAGGAAAUACACUAGUUGAAGUUCUACUGUAAGUCUUGGUGGAUGUGACAGAAAUUACACGGACAUCGAAAGCUAAUGGAAGGAAUGUGUAAUGAAUAAGUGAUCAUUCAUGAUAAACAGGAUUUUUAUGGAUGAUUAAAGGACCAGGACCAGGUUUAAGGCUAGAUUCCAAGUUCACGGUUAGAUGAAUGAGGAUCAAGUUUAGGGUUAAGGUACGGGCUACUGUCACUGUAGAGUCAAGAUUUAUGGUAGGGUUAGGGUCAAUAGUAGAGCAACGGUUUGUUUUAUACCAGGGUUACUGUUGGUUUAAGAGUGCAGGAAUAUUUUGCUCCCGCAGGAAUUAUGCCUAUGUCCACCUUUACAACUUGGGCGGAUCGUACCUAUUCCCAGGUCCUGUUUAGGGGGCCACAUAAGUCAGUCCUGCCGAAACCUCCUUCGAGAAGUCUUUUUUGUUUAAAGUCAUAACUGUAGACUAAAUUUCUCAUUUUGCCGGUCGAGGUCGGGCUAUUUCUUCUGAUUUGCGUUUGUUUACUUCUUCUCCUUCUCCUCCUUCUUCUUUCCCCUUUUCUUCUUCUUCUUCUUCCUCCUCUUUUUUUCUUCUUCUUCUUCCUCUUCUUCUUCGUCGUCUUCUUCUUCUUCCUUUUCUUCUUCUUCCUUCUCUCUUUCUUUUCUUCUUUUUCUUCUUUUUCUUCCUUUUCUUCUUUCUGUUUGUCUUUUUCGCCUGUCUGCUAGUAAGUCUGUGUUAGACUACUGCCUGGGCAUAUCCGUUUUCGCUACGGUAAGUGGAAGUCAAACCGUACUCCCUCUUCUUCUUCCUCCCCCCUCCUCUUUUUCUUCUUAUUCUUCUUCUUCUUCUUCCUCCUCUUUCUGUUUGGGUAAGGAUCGGGUUAAGGCCCCCAAACAUCUGUAGCAUGCAAACAAUACCUACUUACUGAAGUGAAUUUAAAUCCGACACGAUUACUUCGGUUUGGUGUUUCAUCGUACAAGGUUAGGUCGCCUGUUGUUGACGGUCAGGUGUAUUAUCUACGACGACCUCAGCUCAGAGAGUUGAGAAGCGAUCGUUGUAGACACCUAAUGUUUAUUUUUCAAUUGUCCUGCUUAAUUGUGGUUGCUGCAUGUUAAUGCAUUAAAACUUUUCCGACUGGAAAAACAAAUCUACCUGAUACCUAUACUUAUUUAGCCAUUCCUCUAUGCACACAUAGGUUCCGUCCGUAAAAUCCCUAUUGCCACAUUUCCCGUAAGACGGGCAUCUUUGGCUGGUCGUUUGUGUUUGGGGGCCUUCUCCCGAUCGUUGCCUCUGUUUGUCUUUUUAGCCUGUCUGCUGGUAAGUCUGUGUUAGACUACUGCCUGGGCAUAUCCGUGUUCGCUACAUUAAGGGGAAGUCGAAACGCACUCCCACCUCUUCUUCUUCCCCCUCCUCAUUUUCUUCUUCUUCUUCUUUCUCCCCUUUUUCUUCUUCUUCUUCUUUUUCCUCCUCCUCAUUUUCUUCUUCUUCUUCGUCUUCUUCUUCUUCUUCUUCUUCUUCUUUCUCUUAUUUUUCUUCCUCCUCUUCUACUUCUUCCUCUUUUUUCUUCUUCCUCUUCAUUUUCUUCUUCUUCUUCUUCUUCCUCCUCAGUUUCCUCUUCUUCUUCUUCUUCUUCUUCUUCUUCUUCUUUUUCGUCUUUUUCUUCUCACUCUUCUUUUUCUUCUUCGUCUACUUCUACUUCUUCUUCUUCUUCCUCCUCCUCUUUUUCCCCUUCUUCUUCUUCUUCUUCUUCUUCUUCUUCUUCUUCUUCUUCCUCCUCUUUCUGUUUGUCUUUUUUCGCCGCUCUGCUAG